AUGACUAUAAUUCUUGACAUUCUUAGUGUGAACAUAUGGACUGCAGUAUUUAUUAUUUUAACUAUUUUAUAUUUUAUUUAUUAUCGUAAAUUUCGUAUAUUCAUAUAUGAUCAACCAGAAAAAGUAACAAAAGGGAAAAUUCGUCGAGGCAAAUGUCCACCAUCGUAUCCGAAUGGAUGGUUUUGGUUAAUAGAUUCAUAUAAUCUUGCUCAAGGUGAUGUUAAAUUUAUUCAAAAUUGUGGACGAGAUGUUGUACUUUUUCGAGGAUACAAUGGAAAACCUUAUGUUCUCGAAGCAUAUUGUGCUCAUAUAGGUGGUAAUCUAGGUGUUGGCGGUAAAGUUCGUGAUAUUAAUUGCAUAGAAUGUCCAUUUCAUGGUUGGAUAUAUGAUGGUGAAACUGGUACAUGUGUAUUUCCUGAUGGUGAAAAUAAAGUUCUUCGAAAACUCGAUACAUUUGAGUACGUUGAUGUUGAAAGAUGUACACCAUGUACAUCAGAUAAUCAAACAUCAACGAGUUAUUUACAAAAAAUAGCUGAUCAGCAAGAAAUAACACUUAAAACAUACGAAUGUCGUGAAAUGAAUGGAUCAAUUUUUGUUUGGUUUCAUGCAAAUGAACAAUUAAGACAUAAACCACUUUAUGAAUUAUUUGAUAUUACAGAUGAAAUACAGAAAAAUAAUAUGGAAGUUCGUGGUGAAUCUAUAAAUUAUAUUAAUUGUCAUAUACAAGAAAUACCAGAGAAUGGUAGUGAUGUUCGUCAUUUUGAUUACUUACAUGAAUCUGUUCUUGAUUCAAUUUCAUUUGUUAAAUUUAAAUGGAAGGUUUUAGCUGAACGAGCAAUAACUCCAAAUAUGCGUGAUUUAAUGGCACAUUCACACCCAAAAGCACAUGCUUAUAAAAUGCAUCUUUUCAAUAAAUUUUUAACAGAAGAUAAUCUUCAGUAUAUUAAUAUAAUAGCAUUAGAUUGUUCAUUAUGUUUUUUAAACAAAUAUGAAAUAUUUCUUUUUAAUACAACAGGUUUUCAAAUUGGUCCAUCAAUUGUUUAUCUUUUUCUAUGGUCUCCAUAUUUUAAAUUAACAUUUUUUCAUACAUUAACACCAUUAGAAAAAUUUCAUCAACGUGUGGUACAUCGAAUAAUAACAUCAAAAUGGAUGCCUUAUUGGCUAUCAGCGAGUAUGCUUAUGGGAGAAGUUAAACAGCUUUAUGCAGAUAUGAAAAUUUGGAAUAAUAAAAUUUUUACUGAAAAACUUAAUUAUAAUUUAAAAAGUUAUGCAGAUAAAUGUCUUCAUUCAUAUAGAAACUGGUAUGCACAAUUUUAUGAUGGUUGUUAUGAACGCGAAGCAAAAUCAUUAUCUUGGUAG